AUGGUGAAACAAGAACGUAAGAUCCAAGUCACCACUUCCUCCCCGUCACUGUCUCAAUCUUCUUCUUCUUGUUCCUCGCUGACAUUGCAUCAUCAACCUUGUAAGAACAAGAUAAAGAAAUACAAAGGAGUGAGGAUGAGAAGCUGGGGAUCAUGGGUUUCUGAGAUUAGGGCACCAAAUCAAAAGACAAGAAUCUGGUUAGGCUCUUACUCAACCGCAGAAGCAGCUGCUAAGGCUUACGACGCUGCUCUCUUGUGUCUUAAAGGCCCUAAAGCCAAUCUCAACUUCCCCCACAUCACUACUACUUCUCCAUUUCUUAUUGACAUCGAUGAAAAGACCCUUUUGUCCCCCAAAUCCAUCCAAAAGGUCGCCGCUCAAGCCGCCAACUCCAUCUCUUCUGACUCUUUUGCCCCUCCUUCCUCCUCCAACGAUGAUGAUGAUCAUGAUGAUGGUCUUCAUCACCAUCCAUCUCCAUCUUCUUCACCUACGUCUUCACCGCCAGAUGAUCAUCAUAGUGACGAUGAUUUGGUAUCAUUAAUGGAAUCAUUUGUGGACGAACAUGUGUCAUUGAUGGAUCCAUCAUGGUAUGAUCAUAAUGAGAUGUUCUUCAUCAACGAAGCUUCGUUUGAUUAUUCUCCACAAUUAAUUAGCUCGAAGACAACGAUGGAUGACUUCUACGACGAUGCUGAUAUUCAGCUAUGGAGUUUCAGUUGA